AUGUGUGACGGUGCAGAUAGUGAGGAGAAGCCCCCAGCCCCGCCACUGAGAAUGAACAGCAACAACCGGGACUCCUCAGCCCUCAACCACACCUCCAAGCCCCUGCCCGUGGCUCCCGAGGAGAAGAACAAGAAAGCCAGGCUCCGCUCCAUCUUUCCUGGAGGAGGAGACAGAACCAACAAGAAGAAAGAGAAGGAAAGGCCAGAGAUCUCUCUUCCUUCUGAUUUUGAGCAUACGAUCCACGUGGGGUUUGAUGCUGUCACUGGGGAAUUCACUGGAAUCCCUGAGCAGUGGGCAAGGCUCCUUCAGACGUCCAACAUCACCAAGCUGGAGCAGAAGAGAAACCCCCAGGCCGUGCUGGAUGUCCUCAAGUUCUACGACUCCAAGGAGACCGUCAAUAACCAGAAAUACAUGAGCUUUACUUCUGGAGAUAGAAGUGCUCAUGGAUACUUAGCAGCCCAUCCUUCGAGUACAAAAACAGCAUCAGAACCUCCCUUGGCUCCCCCGGUGUCUGAAGAGGAAGAUGAAGAUGAGGAAGAGGAGGAAGAGGAAGAGAACGAGCCCCCCCCUGUAAUUGCACCACGCCCUGAGCACACAAAAUCUAUUUAUACACGCUCUGUGAUGGACGCCGCUCUGCCAAUGGCUUCCCCAAAAGAGGCUUCGGCCCCCACAGCGGAGAACUCGCCCUCCAACACGCUGUAUCGGAAUGCUGACCGGCAGAGGAAGAAGUCCAAGAUGACUGAUGAGGAGAUCCUGGAGAAGCUAAGAAGCAUUGUAAGCAUUGGCGAUCCCAAGAAGAAAUACACGAGAUUUGAAAAAAUUGGCCAAGGGGCCUCAGGUACUGUCUAUACUGCAUUGGAUAUCGCCACCGGACAAGAGGUGGCCAUAAAGCAGAUGAAUCUCCAACAGCAGCCCAAGAAGGAAUUAAUUAUUAACGAGAUUCUCGUCAUGAGGGAAAAUAAGAACCCCAACAUUGUGAAUUAUUUAGACAGCUAUUUAGUGGGCGAUGAGCUGUGGGUCGUGAUGGAGUACCUGGCUGGUGGUUCUUUGACCGAUGUUGUCACAGAGACUUGUAUGGAUGAGGGCCAGAUAGCAGCCGUCUGCAGAGAGUGUCUCCAGGCCUUGGAUUUCUUACAUUCUAACCAAGUCAUCCACAGAGACAUUAAGAGUGACAACAUUCUUCUCGGGAUGGAUGGCUCGGUCAAACUGACGGACUUUGGGUUUUGUGCCCAGAUCACCCCUGAACAAAGCAAAAGGAGUACCAUGGUGGGGACUCCCUAUUGGAUGGCCCCUGAAGUGGUGACAAGGAAGGCCUAUGGCCCGAAAGUGGAUAUCUGGUCCCUUGGGAUCAUGGCAAUAGAAAUGGUGGAGGGCGAGCCCCCAUACCUGAAUGAAAAUCCCCUGCGGGCCUUGUACCUUAUAGCUACUAAUGGUACCCCGGAGCUUCAGAAUCCUGAGCGACUUUCUCCUGUGUUCCGAGACUUUUUAAACCGCUGCCUGGAGAUGGAUGUUGACCGGCGAGGGUCUGCCAAGGAGCUUUUGCAGCAUCCUUUUUUAAAACUAGCCAAGCCUCUCUCCAGCCUGACUCCUCUGAUCCUUGCCGCGAAAGAAGCGAUUAAGAACAGCAGCCGCUAG